AGAUGAGGGUGGAUAUCUUCCGCAUUUUAGCCUUAAUGCUGGGCUGUAAUUCCAUUUCAGGUUAGGACUUUUAAUUCUGUCUUAUUAGUUUUAAAGUUUUAUUUCAAUGAAAGAAAAAAAAAAGUAUUUCUGAUUCUGAUGUAGUGUACACUAAAUAUAUUUGUAUUUACUAUCAGAUAAUAAAGAAACAAAGGUUUUCUAAUAAGCGUACCCUCUUUUGCACAGAUAUUUGCUUGUAGCCUUGUAUGUUGUUGUGUGAAGAUGUCGCUUGUUUCUUUAUUUGAACACUGAAAAUGUACGUAGAACAGAAAGAGAUGUAGGCCUAAUGUAGGCCUACAUGGUUUUAGCACAUGGCUAUUUCCACCUGUAGUUUCAAGGUAGGUUCAAGUUUAAGUUCAACUUUAUCUUCGAAACUCUGAGUUAUGUCCUGAAAAUGUUGCAAAAAAUGUGGCUACAUUAAAACCUAACAAUGACAGUUCAAAUUUGUUCACUCAAACACCUACAGUGUGAUUUUGACUGUGAUAUUAAACCCCUUUUAUUCUCUUUGCAAUAUAAGAAAUGUUGGCGAUGAUGAUACAUGAUACAGUUCAGUGGUAGAUAAGUCACUGUACAUUCAGAGAUUAACCCUCUCAGACUCUGGGAGAUAUUUCUGUAAUGAUUCAGCUGUGGAGCUGACAGUGAUCCCGUCAGGUCAGAGCACACUUCUUCUUCUUCUUUCUAUUUUUUCUUUGCUUUUCUUGAAUCCAUGACAGAAAACAAUUGAAACAUUUAUGAAAUGGUGUAUUCAUAGUGUAAAUGUGUACUUUUAUAUUUUUAGACUUACUUUUUAAAGUGUACUUCUGCAUUUCUGGGUAUUUAAAGUUAGUAAUUGUAUUUUAUUUAAGAUUUCGACAUGCUUCAGUCAAAAUGAAAUACAUUACUACAGUUUACCUCCACCUGUCUAUCAAUCAGCAAAAUUACAGAAAAGUAUUGGAUUUUCAUUAAACUUGAAGGGUGUUGAUCAGGUGAAGAAAGAAGCUUAAAACAUUGGUGUAACCACAUCAAGAGCAUGAGUGGGGUAGUGUGGCGUAUUUUGGUAGGCUGAGACAAAUAUUAGCAUCGUUAGGACUCUCUCAACCAAAAACAAUGAGGAUUUUUCCAUGGCAUUUCAGAAUAUUACAGAAAAUAAGACAUUUUGCAAUCACAUUAUUAUACUUGUUCAGCAGGAAAAUAUCCACAUAUUAACAUCUUUUAUGAUUUUUGUAGCAUAAAUACAAUUGCUAGAAGUACAACGAUUAUAAAGCUAUAAACAAACUGUAUCUUGGUCACAUGACUUCACAACACCAAAGUGAAGCUAAAGGUUGCUAAUUUUUCAGCUUGAUGGCGUUUAAUUGUCUUAUUUAGUCGCUUGUUAAGAACUGUUGUUUUAAUGACAAAUCAAAGUUUCAGACACUCACCAGAGGGAUAUUUACUGAUGUAUUUUGUGUCGUAGAAAAAAACUGAAAAUCUCUUCAAUUAUCUAAAUGAAAUCUGAAUGAAACCUACGAGUUAUUAUAACAGCAAUAGACUACGAUACGUUUUUUUUCCUAGCGUAUAUUUGUGUUUCUAAGUCACAACUUAAAGCUAUAGAACACAUUAAAAAGGAACACCUUCCUAACUUAGAAAAUGUAAGGUUUAGGUUUAAACUUCUAACUUAUCCUGAAUAGUCAAUCAUUUUAUGAUGUAACUAUAAAUUGUAAAAACAUUAAUGUUUCUGAGUCCAGGAACAAUCAGAGUCGAUGCUACAGACAGGACCAGCGUGACUCUGAACUGCCCUCAGGAUGAUGGAGGACCACACGAUCCAACAUGGAGCAGAGACUCUGUUGAGAUGAAUCGACAGAAAGGCUUUUAUGUUUCUCCUGUUGACCGGACAUUGACUAUAACAGACGUGAAGCUACGUAACUCUGGACUCUACUACUGUGGUAGAAAAGCUGUUUUUCUGCAAGUGAUUGAAGGUGACAGUCAGAGAGGAACAGAGAAAUAUGGGUAUUAGUGGGGAGAGUGCAGCAGUGAGUUUUGAGAGGCUUGUCAUGCAAACAACUCCCUGUUACACCACAACCUUUAAUUUAAUAUUUGCUGAUUUUUUAUCUUUAGAGGUUUUGGAAGGUGGAUUUUGUCACCUUGGGACAGAGCCAAGCUAGCAGUUUCCCCUAUUUCUAGUGUUUUUGCUAAGCUAAGCUAACCAGCUGUAGUUUCAUAUUUACCUUACAGAAAUAAGAGUAGUAAUAAUCUAUAAUCUUUUUAAUUAAAUGUAGAAAAAUAACAUCAAACAAGAGGUAAUUCAAAUGAAACUUGUCCUAUGUUAACUGUAUUUUAAACAUGAAGUCAAGUACAAUCUUCCUUUGCAUUCCAGUGGUUUUGAUGUUAAAAACACAAAACAACACAGCAAAAAAGGCCACAGCUGUUCUUUAUUUUGAAAUGAGUCAAUCAUUUCAUGACUUUAAUGGUUAAAUGUUAUUACCCUGUAUUACGUAUAUCCUCUUAAUCACUUUGAAGCGACCAAGGCACCACCCAUCCCCAAUCUCACUGACAUCAGAAGCAGCAACACCUGAAUCCUCAACAUCUCCUAUGACUGCUUCAGAUACGACUCCGACACAGGAAGAAAGCAAAGGCAGGAAAGAAGAUAACAACAAUAACAGCAGCAGGACCAACAACAACAAAAAUGGUGGCAAGCACAGGAAACGCCGGUUUAAAAAGCGAGGAAAUGAAGAAACACACCCUGUCGUUGAUGACAUACAGGAUGGAUUCAUCAUUCAGGCUGAUAAUGAAAGCUCGGCUGGACCAACAGCUGCACACUGUACGACAGAUUUUACAGAUGACUCAAACCAAAAUGAUCCUAGAUACUCCAACAUCCCUGGAGAAGAAGACAGGGUUGUCACAGCUGACUGACAACACAUUUAAAACUGGAGACACCUGAAGCACCUGGAAACAACAGGGACCAAUAUCUGUAGUUAUUCCUCAGCAUUUUGCUUCUGUUUUUGGUUGUUGAUAAAAAAACAGACAACAAGUUAUGUUGAACAAAGGUUAUUGGUUUUGAAAGUCGGGAUUCAAACAGCUUUUAGAAAAGAGGGCACAGAUUUAUUACAUGUACAUUUAAAGAUACUUGUGUUUCUGGCAUAGGAAUUGGAUCCAAAUGAGAACAAAUGGUUUUGAAGAACCUUAAAGUGGAUCUUUCAUCAAAAAGGGAGUCAGUGGAGGUUCUUGUGGACAGCCGCACGUGUGUGUGAUCAGAAAAGCAGCAGAGGGUCUGGAGGGUUGGAGUUAGGGUAAAAAAAAAAACCUGGGUUACUAGGUGGGGAGGUAGACAGACGGAAGUAAUCAGUGUUGAGGUGGAAGUUGAUCCAGGUUUCUGGGAGGACAAUAAUCAUGUCAGUUUAUCACAAUUGGGUUUAAGAAGGAUUCUGUUGUUUGGGAAGUUUUGUGGAAAUGUGGACCUGGAUGAUGUAGCAGUAGGUGGAGCUCAUGGCAGCGCAUUUUGUUUGUAGGAAAUUAGAAUCGAAGGAUGUUGUCCUGUGUGUUGCUCAGGGGCACCACAGCAGGGCCCAGGAGGUGAACUGGGACCUUUCCAAGUGGCAGUUCACUUUCCAUAUCUCAAGUCUGUUCGGGGACUUGAACCGGCAACCCUACAACUCCCAGUCCAAGCCCCUACUGACUGAGCCACUGCUGGAUAUGACCAUGGCAGCGUAUUAUGUUACCAAGUCGUAGAAGGUAGAGGAUGAAAAGGAGAGGACCAAGCAAGGAACGCUGGGAACGCCUUGGCCAUUUGGUUCUGAUGGAUGAAAAACAAAAGCUUAAAGACAUGGCAACUUUGAGGAACUGGAAACUGAAAAGGGGCUGGUUUAUGUACUUUUAAUGCUUAUUGGUGAGGGGGGGCCCACAUGAGCAUGAGCUCGAGAUCAAAUUGCUCGCUAAUUAAAUCGGCAUGGGGCAUACAGUGAUCUCCAUUAUCGAUUCCUCGCAGGCCUGGGUUGCAUUUGCCUUUUGAUGAAGAACAAACAUACUGUUUAGUACAAGUUACAUCAUUCCAAAUGCGGCCAGUAAUAGAUUAGUUUGUAUUUUUUAAAUAAAUAAAAUAAUA